AUGCGUGUGGUCUCCAUCGGCGAAUGCAUGAUCGAAUUGUCCGGCCGUUCCGGCACGAGCUGGCAGCAGGGCUUUGCCGGCGACACGCUGAACACGCUUUGGUAUCUGCGCGCGCUGCUGCCCGCCGGCGCAGCAGCCGAUUACGUCACCGCCUUUGGCGACGAUCCGUUCUCGGCCGAGCAGAUCGCCUUUCUCAAAGCCAAUGGCAUCGGCAUUGCGACAAGUCCGACCAUAACCGGCAAGGCACCGGGGCUCUAUGCGAUCGCGCUCGAUGAUCAGGGCGAGCGCUCCUUCACCUAUUGGCGCAGCGAGGCCGCCGCCCGGCACCUGGCCGACAAUGCGCUGGCGCUUGAACAAGGUCUUGCCGGCGCGGAUCUCGUCUAUUUCUCCGGCAUCACGCUGGCGAUCCUCGACACCGAUAGCCAGCAACGCCUGACGGACGCGCUGGAGGUCGCGCGCGACGCCGGCGCCAUGAUCGCCUUCGACCCCAAUUACCGCCCCCGCCUUUGGCCCGAUGAACAACAGGCGCAAACCGCCAUCGAAGCCGGCUAUCGGACGAGCACGAUCGUGCUGCCGACCUUCGACGACGAAGCCAUGCUUUUCGGCGACGCAUCGCCCGAAGCAACCGCCGGGCGGAUCGCCGCCCACGGCCCCGAGACGAUCAUCGUCAAAUGCGGCGCCGCCGCCGCGCUUGUCCAUCAUGACGGCACACCCGAAACGGUCGCCCCGGAAGCAGGAAUUGUUCCCGUCGAUACGACCGGCGCCGGCGACAGCUUCAACGGCGGCUGGCUCGCCGCUCAUCUUGCCGGUCGCGGCCCGGCCGAUGCGACGCGUUUCGCCCAUCGCGUUGCCGGCCGCGUCAUCGGCCAUCACGGCGCGCUUUUGCCGAUGGGUGACCUUGACGAUCUGCGGCCGGGCGAAAGGCCCGCGCGCCGCAACGCGCAAGAACAAAGGACACCGAAAGUGGCCACCACGUUUGACAAAGUCGCCGACAUCAUCGCCGAGACCAGCGAGAUCGACCGCGAAACCAUCACGCCCGAAAGCCACACGAUCGACGAUCUGGGCAUCGACAGCCUCGAUUUCCUCGACAUCGUUUUUGCGAUCGACAAGGAGUUCGGCAUCAAGAUUCCGCUCGAGCAGUGGACCCAGGAUGUCAAUGACGGCAAGGUUCCCACCGAGGAAUAUUUCGUCAUCAGCAAUCUGUGCGGCAAGAUCGACGGGCUGGUCGCCGCCAAGGCCAACUGGCAGGCGCUGACCGAUGGUUCCGCUCCGGUGGUCGAUGCCGACCGCUUUGCGCCCUAUCCGGUGCAUCCGGCGCCAGAGAUCGACUGGUCCGAACAGAUCCCCAAGCGCGGCGACCAGCGCCAGAUGGAGGCCUGGCAGCGCCUUGGCACCUAUGCGGCGGGCCUCGCGCUCGACGAUGCCGGCAUCAAGGGCGACGAAGCCCUGACCGGCACGAUGGACAUGAUCGUCGCCGCUGCCGGCGGCGAGCGCGAUGUGGCUGUCGACGCCAUGAUCCUCGCCGAGGCCGCUGCGGGCCGCAACGACAUCGGUGUCCUGAUCAAUGAAAAGCUGACCACCGAACUGCGCCCGACGCUGUUCCUGGCGCAAUUGUCCAACCUUCUGGCAGGCAACAUUUCGAUCGUCCACAAGGUCACCGGCUCGUCGCGCACCUUCAUGGGCGAGGAAGGCGCGGCCAUGUCGGCGGUGCAAACCGCCGUCGCGCGCAUCCGCGCCGGCCAGUCCACCCACGCGCUGGUCGGUGCCGCCUUCAACGCCGAACAUCCCGACAUGCUGCUCGGCUACGAGAUGAACCGGCAUCUGGCGCGCGGGCCGUGGAAACCGGUCGCCGAACGCGCAUCCGGUGAAGGCGGCGGUCUCGUCGCCGGCUCCGGCGGUGUCUUUCUGGUCAUCGAGGAGGCCCGCCACGCGGCCGCGCGCGGCGCGGCGGUCCAUGCCGCCAUCGGCCCGGUCGCCGUCGAUGCGGGCGAAGCCGAGGCCACGCCAUCGCGCCUCGAACGGCUCGCCAACGAGACCGGCCUCGACGACGCCGACAUGAUCGUCUCGGCCAAUUCCGGCGCCCUUGCCCGCAAUGCCGCCGAGGCCGCACUUGCCGCCGCGCGCUGGCCCGAAAGGCCCGUGCGCGCCAUUGCCAACAAGACCGGCCAUCUGCGCGAGGCGCAGUUUCCGCUCGCCAUCGCCGUUGCGGCCCUGUCGAUCGCCAAGGGCCGGCCGGUGGCGCCGCUCGAAGCCGCCGAAGCGUCCGCCGGCGGCCCGCCCGGCACCAUCGGCGUGGUCGCGCUCGGCAAGAUGAGCGCCGUCACCGACAAGGCCGGCCGGCCGCUGAUCGCCAUCACCGGCGCGGGCAUCGUCUCGCCGCUCGGACGCGGCAAGACCGACAAUUGGGCGGCACUGACCGCUGGCCGCUCGGGCAUUCACCGCAUCGCCCGCUUUCCCACCGACCAUUUGCGCACGACCAUCGCCGGCACCGUCGAUUUCAUGACCGCGCCCGAGGAUGGCUCCACUGCCCUCACCUACGCACUGGCCGAAGCCGCCGCGCUCGAAGCACUUGAGGAAGCUGGCUUUUCGAGUGAUUUCGGCGGACCCUUGUUCGUCGCCGCCCCUCCGGUCGAACUGGAAUGGCACCAGCGGCUGUCGCUCGAUGCGGAAGGAGCGGCGCUGGGCGAAGGCGAUGCGGGCUAUGACCGGAUCCUGGCCGCGGCCCGCGCAACGCCCCACCCGCAGCAUUCCGGCAAUGUCUAUUUCGGCUCGACGGCAUUGCGGCUGAAGGAAAAGACCGGCGCGCGCGGCCUUCCGGUGACGCUGUCGACCGCCUGCGCGUCAGGCGCGACCGCCAUCCAGCUUGGCGCCGAGGCGAUCCGGCGCGGCGAGGCCGAGCGCGCUCUCAGCGUCGGCACCGACGGGUCGGUCACCGCCGAGGCGCUGAUCCGCUUCUCGCUCCUGUCCGCCCUUUCGACCCAGAACGACGUGCCGGAACAGGCCUCCAAGCCCUUCUCGAAGGACCGAGACGGCUUCGUGAUGGCCGAGGGCGCCGGCGCGUUCGUCAUGGAAACGCUGGAGAGCGCCCGCGCCCGUGGCGCGACCGUUCUGGGCAUCCUGGAAGGCUGCGGCGAAAAGGCCGACGAUUUCCACCGCACCCGCUCCAAGCCUGACGGUUCGCCCGCCAUCGCCGCCGUCAACGCCGCGCUUGGCGAUGCCGGCGUUGCCCCUUCCGAUAUCGGCUACAUCAACGCGCACGGCACCUCGACGCCGGAAAACGACAAGAUGGAAUGCCUGUCGCUGACAGAAGUCUUCGGCGAGGGGCUGGGCGGCGUGCCGAUCUCGUCCAACAAGUCGAUGAUCGGCCACACGCUGACCGCCGCCGGUGCCAUCGAGGCCGUUUUUUCGCUGAUGACGAUCCGGACCGGAACGCUGCCGCCGACGAUCAACCACGCCAACCCCGAUCCGGCGCUGGCGCUUGACUGCGUGCCCAACGAGAAACGCGAUGCGGCGGUGACGCGAUCCUGCAUGCGCGCGCUUCAGCUCGUUGAAGACCGGAAAGUCGAACGUGUCACCAUCGGCCCGCCGCCGCCCCCCGGCCAGGGCGAGGUGCGCCUGCGCGUGCAGGCCGUCGCGCUGAACCAUAUCGAUGUGUGGGGCUGGCGCGGCAUGGCGUUCGCCAAGCGCAAACUGCCGCUGACGAUCGGCGCGGAGGCGAGCGCGGUCGUCGAUGCGGUCGGCGCCGGCGUCUCCAACCUUCUGCCCGGUCAGCUCGUCUCCAUCUUCGGCGCGCGGACCUGCGGCCUUUGCCGCGCCUGCCGGCAGGGCCGCGACAAUCUGUGCGAGCAUGUCGGCGGCGUGCACGGCUUUCAUCUGGACGGCUUUGCCGCCGAGAUCGUCACCAUGCCGGCGCGCAACUGCGUGCCCGCCCCGCCCGGCGUCGAUGCCGUCGGUGCGGCGCUCGCGCCGAUCACCUUCGGCACGGUCGAACACAUGCUGUUCGACAACGCAAAGCUGGAACCGGGCGAGACGAUCCUCGUCCAUGCCGGCGGCUCGGGCAUCGGCUCCGCCGCCAUCCAGCUUGCCAAAAGCCAUGGCUGCACGGUCAUCACCACCGUCGGCUCGGACGCCAAGAUCGAACCGGCCAAGGCGCUCGGCGCCGACCAUGUGAUCAACUAUCGCGAGGACCGGUUCGAGGGCGCCGUCCGCAAGCUGACCAAGAAGCGCGGCGUCGAUGUCGUCUUCGAGCAUGUUGGCGCCGACACCUGGGCCGGCUCCAUGCUGUCGCUCAAACGCGGCGGAAGGCUCGUCACCUGCGGCUCGACCUCCGGCGUUUCAGCGCCGACCAAUCUGAUGAUGCUGUUCCAGCAGCAAUUGCGGCUGAUCGGCUCGUUCGGCAGCACGAUGGCCAACAUGGCCGACGCCAUGGAGAAGAUGGCGCGCGGGCUGGCCGCGCCCGUGAUCGACACCGAGGUCGGCUUCGACGGCAUCGACGCGGCGCUGGCGCGCAUGGAGACGCGCGACGUCUUCGGCAAGAUCGUCCGACUGCUGAAGCUGACCCAGCGGGCCAAGCGCGCGCGCUACUGGCUCGAAGCCCAUCUGACCUUUGCCAUUCUGGCCGUCCUGAAACUGCUGCCGGCCGAUGCCGCGAUAAACGCGCUGGCGGCCCUGCUUUCGCGGGUCGGUCCGCUGCUGCCGCGCCAGCGGGUGGUCCUCGACAAUCUGGACAAGGCGAUGCCGGAACUGUCCGGCGACGAGCGCCGCGCCAUCGCCCGGCGCAUGUGGGGCAAUAUGGGCCGCCAGGUGGCCGAAUAUGUCGUAUUGGACAAGCUUUUCGAUUUCGACCCCGAUGCCGACCAGGACGGCCGCAUCGAGGUGCGCGGCAAGGACAUCUUCAUUCGCCUUCACGAGGCCGGAAAGCCGGUGAUCUUCUUCACCGGCCAUACCGGCAAUUUCGAACUGCUGCCCAUCUGCGCGGCGACCUUCGAUCUCGAGGUGACCGCCCUGUUCCGCCCGCCCAACAAUCCCUACGUGGCAAAGCGCGUGCUGGCGGCGCGCAAGACGACGAUGGGCCAGCUCGUACCGUCCAAGACAGGCGCCGCCGCCGGACUCGCCCGCGCACUGUCGGACGGCAGGUCGGUCGGCGUGCUGGUCGACCAGAAGUUCCACCGCGGCCGGCUCGGCACCUUUUUCGGACAGCCCGUGCGCACCAAUCCGCUGCUGCCCAAGCUGGUGCGCCAGUUCGACUGUCCGGUCCAUCCGGCGCGCUGCGUGCGCCUGCCCGGCAACCGCUUCCGGCUGGAACUGGAAGAAGCGAUCGAACUGCCGCGCGACGGCAACGGCAAGAUCGAUCUGGAUGCAUCGACGCAGGUGCUCAACGAUGUGGUCGAGCGCUGGGUGCGGGAGUACCCCGACCAGUGGAUGUGGAUGCACCGGCGCUGGGAUCCCAAGACGCUGGCCGAUCCCCGCCGGACGGCCAAGCCGCGACACCGCGCCGGUGCCAUGGAUCGCGUAGGGCCCGCGGAAGAAGAUCGAAUACGGCAUGUUCGACCCGUAAAUGGUCGAACGCCAUUUGCGGUGCAUGCGCUGCGGCCGGAACGUGCCGAUCGGCGUCACCUUGCCCGGACGGGCGGUGGAAACCGGCCAUCGGUAGAGUACGCGGCCAUCCUUGCGCACCGUCAUGGUCUGACUGGAAAUGUCGACAUCGGCAACCAGUCUUGCGGCAACCGCAUCGCCCGCCGUCGGAAACGCGAUGGCGACCGCCAGCGCAAAGAUCAGAAGAAACUGUUUCAUCGGCCUCGCCCCCGAAUGAACGCAAAACUAAAAGAACCGGCCUCAGCGUACUGCCAACGCCGGCAGGCGUCAAAGUCCGCCCGCCAUCCUUCUGCCGUUAGUCUUAAUGGCGGUCUGUGCGCGGGCGCACAGACGGCACCGCCGCGCACAGGGGCCAAACCCCGAAAAUCGCUUGCAAAACAGCCGGGCGCGCGCACUAUGCCGGCCAUGUCCGAGCAUCUGCGCAAGGCCGUCGAGGACCGGCGCGACGAGGUCGUCGCGCUGACGCAGGCACUUGUCCGCUUCCCCACCGUCAACCCGCCGGGCGAUGCCUACGGGCCAUGCGCCGAGUUCAUGGCAAAGCGCCUGCAUCGGUCCGGCUAUGAGACACGGCUGAUCGUCGCCGAGGGCGAGCCGGGCCACACCGACCGCUUUCCGCGCGUCAAUGUCAUCGCCCGGCGCGAAGGCCGCGCGCCCGGCAAGACCGUCCAUUUCAACUCCCAUAUCGAUGUCGUCGAGGCCGGCCAUGGCUGGUCCGUCGAUCCGUUCGAAGGCGUGAUCCGGGACGGCAAGGUGUUCGGGCGCGGCACCUGCGACAUGAAGGGCGGUCUCGCCACCUCCAUCAUCGCCGCCGACGCCUUCAUCGAAACCUUUCCGGACUAUUCCGGCGCCAUCGAGAUUUCCGGCACGGUGGACGAGGAAUCGGGCGGCUAUGCCGGCGUCGGCCAUCUGGCCAAACAGGGCCUGUUCUCGCGCCCGCGCGUCGACCACGUCAUCAUCCCCGAGCCGCUCAACAAGGACCGUAUCUGCCUGGGCCAUCGCGGCGUCUGGUGGGCCGAGAUCGAAACCCAUGGCCGCAUCGCGCACGGUUCCAUGCCCUUUCUGGGCGAUUGCGCCGUGCGCCACAUGGGCGCGGUGCUCGCCGCCUUCGAGCACGACCUGUUUCCGGCGCUCGCCGCCCGGCGCACCGACAUGCGCGUCGUGCCCGAUGGCGCCCGCGCCUCCACCCUCAACAUCAAUGCCAUCCAUGGCGGGCAGACCGACGACUAUACCGGCCUGCCCUCUCCCAACGUGCCCGACCGCUGCGCCAUGACCAUCGACCGCCGCUUCCUGCUCGAGGAAAGCCUCGACGAUGUGAAGGCGGAAGUGGUCGCCAUCCUCGACCGGCUCACGCGUGAGCGGCCCGGCUUCGCCUAUGCCAUCCGCGAUGUGAUGGAGGUGCUGCCGACCAUGACCGAACGCGACGCGCCGGUCGUCACAGCCGUCGCCGCAGCCAUCGAGGCCGAAUUCGGCCGCGCGCCCGAUUACGUCAUCUCACCGGGCACAUAUGACCAGAAGCACAUUGCCCGCAUCGGCCAUCUGCAUGACUGCAUCGCCUAUGGCCCCGGCAUUUUGGACCUCGCCCACCAGCCCGACGAAUGGAUCGGCAUCGACGACAUGGUGCAAAGCGCCCAUGUGCAUUCCGCCAUGAUCGCACGUUUCGCCCUGGCCGCCACGGCCGCCUUCGCCAUGACCGUUUCGGCCCAUGCCGAGCGCACGGACCUGACCAUCGGCGUGGUGCUCGAGCCGCCCCAUCUCGACCCGACCGCCGGCGCAGCCGCGGCGAUCGACGAGGUGGUCUAUGCCAACGUCUUCGAGGGACUGACACGCAUCGGCCGCGACGGCGCCGUGCAACCUGGCCUUGCGGAAAACUGGAUCAUCUCCGACGACGGGCUAACCUACACGUUCGAGCUGCGCGAAGGCGUCACCUUCCAUGACGGCACCGCGCUCGACGCCGGAGACGUGGUCUUCUCGCUCGACAGGGCGCGUGGCGAGGACUCCGUCAACGCCCAGAAGGGCCUGUUCGACGCCAUCGAAAGCGUCGCCCAGAUGGACGAGCUGACGGUCGAAGUGACGCUGUCGCGGCCCGCCGGCGAUUUUCUCUACAAUAUGGGCUGGGGCGAUGCGGUGAUCGUCGCGCCCGAAAGCGCCGAAACCAACAAGGAAAACCCGGUCGGCACCGGCCCGUUCACCUUCGUCGAAUGGCAAAAGGGCGCCGCCGUCACGCUCCAGCGCAACGACGCCUAUUGGGGCGAUGCGCCCGCGCUGACCGAAGUGACCUUCCGUUUCAUCCCCGACCCGGCCGCCGCCACAGCCGCGCUUCUGGCCGGCGACGUGCAGGCCUAUCCGAACCUGCCGGCGCCCGAAUCGAUCCCCGUGUUCGAGGCCGAUCCGCGCUUCACCGUCGCCAUCGGCUCGACCGAGGGCGAAACCAUCCUGUCGACCAACAACGCCAAGCCGCCCUUCGACGAUGUCCGCGUGCGCCAGGCGAUCGCCCACGCGAUCGACCGGCAGGCGAUCAUCGACGGCGCCAUGUUCGGCCUUGGCACCCCGAUCGGCUCGCAUUUCGCCCCGCACCACCCGGCCUAUGUCGAACUGUCGGAAACCUAUCCCUACGAUCCCGACCGCGCCCGCGAACUUCUCGCCGAAGCAGGCCAUGGCGACGGCAUCACCGGCACGCUGAAACUGCCGCCGCCCUCCUAUGCGCGCCGCGGCGGCGAGAUCAUCGCCGCGCAACUGCGCGAAGUGGGCAUCGACCUGGAAAUCGAGCCGGUCGAAUGGGCGCAGUGGCUCGAACAGGUCUUCACCAACAAGGAUUACGACCUGACCAUCGUCUCGCACACCGAGCCCAACGAUAUCGGCAUCUACGCGCGCGACGAUUACUACUUCCAGUACGAAAACCCCGACUUCAACGCCGUGAUCGAGGAACUGUCGGUGACCGCCGGCGAAGACGCCCGCUAUGAGCUCUUCCGCCAGGCCCAGCAGAUUUUGGCCGAAGACGCGGUCAACGGCUUCCUCUUCCAGCUCGCCAAGAACGGCAUCUGGGACGCAAAGCUGGAAGGCAUGUGGGAGAAUUCGCCGGUCCAGGCCAACGAUGUGACCGGGGUCAGGCGCGGUUCGUCAGCCGAGAUCAAGGUUCGGAACUUGGAGACCGCCGAUCGCCGGCGAUGGGAAGAUCUAUGGGCCGACUACAACGCCUUCUACGGCCGUAAGGGCGAGACAUCAUUGGAGCCCGCAAUUGUCGACGCCACUUGGACGCGCCUGCUCGACGAUACCGAGCCCGUCCAUGGACUGCUCGCCCUGAAAGAUAACAUCCCAGUCGGGCUGGCUCACGUCGUGCUCCAUCCCAAUCUGAUCCAACGCGAGCUCACCUGCUACAUGCAGGAUCUAUACACCUGUACGGAGGCGCGGGGCACCGGGGUCGCGCGUCGCCUCAUCGAAGCGGUAUGCGAUCACUGCCGCGCCGAGGGUGUCGCCGACGUGUAUUGGCAUACCCACGAAAGCAACGAGGUGGCACGCCGGCUCUACGACCGGGUCGCGCGGAACACCGGCUUCCUCGUCUAUCGGAUCAAACCGCUAUCGAGCGAGGAUGGGGCAUGA